AUGAUCUCCCGCUCAAUAAUAAUUGCCCUCCUGGCUAGCACAACCCAAUGUCUCUUACGGCCUUCCGGCCCCUUUCAUACGGAGGGCAAGAGGAUUGUCGACGUCACCGGAUCGCCAUUUGUGUACGUCGGGAUCAACUGGCCGGGCGAGGGCGAGACUAUGAUCCCUGAAGGCCUGCAGUACUCCUCCAUCGCCGACAUCGUGGCCCAGAUCAAAUCUCUCGACUACAACUCCGUUCGUAUGGGUUGGGCAACCGAGAUGGUCGAUGACAUCCUAGACAAUGGAGGAGACGUGAGCCUCAAAGAUACAAUGGUCAAGGCACUUGGGCUGGAGCUUGCUCCAAGCAUUAUCGGUCAAAUUCUCGACCACAAUUCCGAUUUCACCGAGAAUACGACCAGACUCGAGGUCUGGGAUGCUGUCGCAGCCGAGCUCCAUAACCAAAAACUGCACUUGGUUUUCAAUAACCAUGUUUCCAAGGCUAUCUGGUGCUGCAGCCCUGAUGACGGAAACGGCUGGUUUGGUGACACAUAUUUUGAUGUCACCAAAUGGAAGCGCAGUCUGGCGUACAUGGCCAAGUAUACGGAAAAAUGGCCAGCUAGGACGGCCUUUUCACUCCGCAACGAGCUACGUCAAGUCAACAGUCCCGCGAAUGACACUUACGGCUGGUCACUAUGGUACAAUGAAAUGAUCGAUGCAGCGAACAUAGUAAACGCCGCCGCCCCAGAUGCACUGGUAUUCAUCUCAGGUCUCAACUACGACCAUGAGCUCAACCCCAUUACAGCUGGUGCAGCCGUCAGCCCGCCAGAAGAUAACAGGGUGUUCAACCUGGGCGACUUUCACUAUGCAGACAAAAUUGUCUUUGAGCUCCACAGCUACGAUAACUCAAUCGCAAACUGUACUUUCUUCCAAGACGAACUCUACCAGCGCGGGUUCAAUGCUCUUGAUGAGACUCCCCAAACAACCGCACGCAAUAUCGCCCCAGUAGUUCUGACCGAAUUUGGUUUUGCGCAGAACGGUUCUGAUUACCAAGGCAUUUAUGCCUCAUGUCUGAAAGAUUUCCUCACCGGUGAUAAUCGCGUCUUGAACGCGAGUCGAAUCGAUGGACCGAUUGGACAUUUUGAAUGGAACUUGGGUGGUUCGUACUACAUCCGUGAGGGUAUCGUGGACUUUGAUGACUGGUGGGCAUUGUUGAAUCAUGAUUGGAGUGACUGGAGGAAUCACACUGUGUUGAAUGAGUAUCAGAUUCCGUUGAUACGAGAGACGCUGCUGCAGCGGUGA